AUGGCUGAGGGACUUGUUACUGAUCUCAUUAAGCAGCUGCUUUCAGUUGCUGCUAGGGAGGCAGAACAAGAAAUAAGGUUGGUCAUCGGUGUUAACGAGGAAAUCGAAAAGCUUAAAGGCAAUCUACGAACUGUGAAGGCAGUGCUCAAUGAUGCUGAGAAAAGACAAGUUACUGAAGAAGCUGUGAAGGUCUGGUUAGAAAAGCUCAACAACGCAUGCUAUAAGAUGGAAGACGUGGUGGAUGAGUGGAACACUUCAAUGAUCAAAUCAGCAAUUCAGAAGAAAGAAGAAAAUGUUGAUGAUGCUCCUGUUCUGAAGAAGAAGGUAUGCUCCUUUAUCCCCUCCCCUUCAUAUUGUUUCUGUCAAGUUGAUAAACUUGUUUUGCGUCAUGACAUUGCUCACAAGAUAAAAGAACUGAAUGGAAUAUUAGAUGAGAUUACCAAAGAGAAAGAUAGGUACCAGUUUCAGUUAACCAAUGACCCUACCACUAAAGUACUUGAGCGACCACAAACUACCUCAUUUGUUGAUAUGUCUGAAAUAUGUGGUCGUGAUAACAUUAAGGAUGAUCUAUUGAGCAUGCUAUUGGGCACGGGUAGUGAAGAAGAAACAAGCCCCCAUGUUGUCUCUUUAGUGGGCAUGGGAGGUAUCGGAAAAACGGCUCUUGCUCAACUAGCCUACAAUGAUCCUAAGGUGCAAGCCCAUUUUGAAAAAAAAAUGUGGGUCUGUGUUUCCGAUCCUUUUGAUCAGUGCAAGGUUGCCAAAGAAAUUAUUGAAUCUGUUACAAAUAAAUCCCCUAAAAUUAAUGCAUUACAAAGUCUAUUGAAAAAGAUUUGUGCAUUAAUUAGGGGGAAGAAGUUCUUCCUUAUCUUAGAUGAUGUGUGGACGGAAGACUACAAAAUGUGGGAGCCAUUCAAACUUGCACUUAAAUGUGAUGUUCAAGGUAGUAGAAUUUUAGUUACCACGCGUAAAAGCAGAGUUGCGGAGAUGAUGGGAAGUGCAAGCACAAUUAAUUUGGAGGUAUUGUCUAAAGAAGAUUGUUGGUUGGUGUUUAGUAAAAUAGCAUUUUUUGAUUGGGAUCCUAACCAAAGUGAGCAACUAGAAGAUCUUGGUAGGCAAAUAGUAGACAAAUGCAAAGGCUUGCCACUUGCUGCAAAGACUCUAGGGAGUCUCAUGCACUUCAAGAGAAGUAGAGAAGAAUGGAAGUGUAUUUUGGAUAGCAAUUUGUGGGAAUUAGAAGAUGUGGAACAAAGUCUUUUUGCUCCAUUGUUAUUGAGUUAUUAUGAUUUGUCCUCACCAUUGAAACGAUGUUUCACAUUUUGUGCUAUAUUUCCGAAAGGUUAUUUCUUUUCAAUCAAUGAGUUGGUAUUUAUGUGGAUGGCACAGGGAUAUAUAAUUCCAAAGGCCAAUAUGGAGAUAGAAAUCAUGGCCAGAGACUACUUUGAAAAUUUAGUCAUACGCUCUUUCUUUCAAGAUUUUGAGAAAGAUAAGGAUGAUGGCAAGAUAAGAAUGUACAAAAUGCAUGACAUAGUGCACGACUUUGCGCAAUUAAUGUCAAAAAAUGAAUGCUUCACAAUCAAUAAUGACAUAGAGUUGGGAUCAAAUUAUAAAAAUUAUCGCCAUUUGCAGUUAAAAAUUCCCACAAAAGCCCAAUUUCCUAAGUCCAUUUAUAGUGCAAAAAGUUUACGCACCCUAAUUUUUGCAUAUAGUGGUGAUUGUAACUUAUCUACUUUAUUCCGGCAUUUUAGAUGUUUACGGAUAUUAAUUUUGAAUUGUAAACCUGGUUUUAUCUUAAAGGAACUUCCGGUUGAAGUUGAAAAUUUCCUACAUUUGAGGUAUCUUGAGAUAGUCAAUUAUUGUGGAGAUAGAUUGCCUGAAACCAUUUGUAAUCUAUGCAAUUUGCAAAUUUUAAAAAUUGCAAGUACUAACUAUGUCCCGAAAUUGCCGCAAGGGAUGGGUAAACUUAUUAACCUAAGACAUUUUAUUUUAAAGUUCAGCUACUUUGUGUCGAACGUAGAGUUUCCAAGAGGUUUUGGGAGAUUGACUUCUCUUAGAACAUUAAAUUAUUUCAGCGUAAGUGGUAAGGAUCAUAGCGAAAGAUGUAGAUUGGGAGAAUUAAGAAAUUUGAAUCACCUUCAAGGGACUCUUGAGAUAUAUGGGUUGGGGAGCGAGGUAAAUGCAUGUGAGGCUGAAAAUGCACAACUGAAGAAGAAGAUAGGCCUUUGUACUUUGUUACUAUGGUUUGACGAAAGAGUUCGUGGGGAAAUAAUAAGGGAGAUGGAUGUAUUAGUUCUGAAUGCCUUAGAGCCACCUCCAAACUUGGAAGAUUUAACUAUCGGAAGGUACCAGGGACUGACAAUGUUUCCUAAUUGGAUGUUGUCUUUAACCAAAUUGAAAAAACUUGAUAUUUACGCUUUAAAUUUAGAGUGUUUGCCUCCUUUGGGGAAGCUUCCGUUACUGAACUCAUUACGAAUAAAGUCGAAUUAUUUGAAAAAUGUGGGUGAUGAAUUUUUGGGAAUCAAACCCAAAACGAAGAAGGAAGACAAUAUGAUAACAGUAUUCCCAAAUUUGAAAUCUCUCACAUUUGAUUUUUUGGGUGAGUGGGAAGAAUGGAUUGGCAUUGGAGGAGAAGAAGAGAAAGAAGAAGACUGUAUCAUUACCAUAAUGCCAAGUCUUCAAAAGUUGGAAAUUUUCGACUGCCCAAAGUUAAAGUCGCUACCGAACUUCCUUCAUACAAUUCCAUUACAGAAAUUGGAGAUCAGAUAUAAUUCGAUUCUCAGCGAACGUUGCCGAAGAGGGUGA